AUGCCAAAAAGCGUUCCAAAGAGUGGUGACAGAUCUCGCACCUGUCAGCCAUCCGGUGGAGGCCGAAAGCGAAAGCUGGAACCUGUUGCAUCGGCCCCCUACCCACAGGAUCGGUCCGGGGCGGGGAAAAGGAUACGCAUUCCAGCGACAGGGCAAUCCCCAGCUUCCGGCAGUGUCAGCUCCACAACCCCCGACACACCGCCGACCGAGCGCGGUGCCGUUACCGACUUUAUGCUGCAGGCACUCGGGCGCAUCCGGGAGCUGCAGGAUGAGCUUGAUUUUCUACAGAACGACCCGUACGCCGAGGAUACGGACGAUGAGGAUCAGCAUGACCACGGGAGACAGCCGCCGGUGCAGGUGAUUGGUGGACGACAGGCGGAAGCGAUCGGGUGGGCUGUCUGUGCCCGGGAAACGAUGCAUUUCCUGCAGCGCGAAGGCAUCCCACCGGACAGCCCAUUGAUGGUGAAUCUCCGUCGACGGCUCGUCGGACGGGUGGACGAACCGGACGAAGGACUCUCCUGCUAG